GGGCGCGGACGGAGCCAUGAGAGAGUACAAAGUGGUGGUACUGGGCUCGGGCGGCGUGGGCAAAUCCGCGCUCACCGUGCAGUUCGUAACAGGUUCCUUCAUCGAGAAGUACGACCCGACCAUCGAGGACUUUUACCGCAAGGAGAUCGAGGUGGACUCCUCGCCGUCGGUGCUGGAGAUCCUGGACACCGCGGGCACCGAGCAGUUCGCCUCUAUGCGGGACCUGUACAUCAAGAAUGGCCAGGGCUUCAUCCUCGUCUACAGCCUGGUCAAUCAGCAGAGCUUCCAGGACAUCAAGCCCAUGCGGGACCAGAUCAUCCGCGUGAAACGGUACGAGCGCGUACCCAUGAUCCUGGUAGGCAACAAGGUGGACCUGGAGGGCGAACGUGAGGUCUCCUAUGGCGAGGGUAAGGCCCUAGCCGAGGAGUGGAGCUGCCCCUUCAUGGAGACAUCUGCCAAAAACAAAGCCUCAGUGGAUGAGCUAUUCGCAGAGAUCGUGAGGCAGAUGAACUACGCGGCACAGCCCAACGGCGACGAGGGCUGCUGCUCGGCCUGCGUGAUCCUGUGAGGCGCCGUCUGCCGCCGGGCGCUGGCCACGCUCUGUGCACAAAGCCAAACGCACCCGAUUCUCUUAAUGUGAUUGUCUUCUUGCUUUGGGAUUGGAGACGAUUUUGUUGUAUUGGCUGGGAUGUCCGAGGAACCUGGCUGACUUGUGUGGCCAGCAUUCCCAGCCUUCAGCCGGGGUCUGAGAGGGUGUCCGUUGCUGAGUAUCUGAGACCCUGAUGGAAAAAUGGCUCUAUACAGCGUGUACGUUCCUCGUUGAUUUUGGUUCAUGCUUAUCUCCCCGUUUAAGUAGCUAUUAAGGCUCUGUAUUGUCUGCCUGACACCAGCAAGCAAAAGUUUCAAGCCUGGGGAAAAAAAUGGGGGUGGGGAAGCAGAGGAAGUGGAGGGGAAGGAGGCAGUGGGGGAGGAUUCCCCCAAGCAACUGUUCAUAGUUCCAAGUUUUAACACAAGGAAAGAGGUUCAAGAAAAUCGUAUGAAGGAACCAGAAGAGGGGACGAAACUUUUUUUUUUCUUGUUUUCCAGGAUUAUUUGGAAAUUAAGACCAGGGGUUCCUUUUCUGCCAGCUUGGAAGGGCAACCCAGGGACUGAUUAGGAUUCUGAGGAUGUCUAUGCAAAGUUGGGUUCUUGUUACAGUGUAUCCAAUCUGAAGUAUUGCACAUGUGAACUGGGACUGUUUAACACUGAUGCCAAUACAGUGUGGGGUGCCAGGAAGUAUCUGCUGAUAUUUGUGGGAAAAAAAAUCUAUUUUGAUUACCUACUGUAUCAAAGGGGAGUCUGGGGGGGAGAAUGGUAGUAUUUUUUUUUAAUCAGCUGUGAAAAAUGUAACAAAUCUGCACAUUUUUUGUGUGUGCUAUUGUGUGUGUGUGUGUGUGAGUGUAAGUAUAGCUUCUUUUUUUGUUUAUUAUUUUUGUUUAUUUUAUUUUUUUUGUGGUUGGCAGUGACAGAUUUUGCUGACUAGCUUUUAAAGAUACAAUACAAAGACUUUGUAAAUGUGAUUCAGGGCCCCCAGCACCCCUGUGUCUGCAGAGUGCCUUCAAACUCAGCUGUUCCAGCCGGUGCCAACCUGUGAAUUCCCACCAUAUCCCAGAAUCUGCUGUUCUGCUUUCCCCAAAGCUACUUUAAACAUUGUCCUGAAAGAGCCAGGACAGAUAGGACCUGUUAUUCCAUGAAUUGCUUUAUUAAUUUUAGCUUUUUUUUUAAUGUUAAGCUCACAAGUCUUGAAUUUCUUUCCCCUUUCAUUAUGUUCAAAUUUCAGGUUUUAGCUCCCCUUAGCUGUUGUUUUCGAAGUGUCUGUUGUUUGUGACAGGGUGUUCCUCCAGAAGCAAAAAGCAAAAUUUUCUUGUGAUGUACCAAAAGACUUUUAACAAGUUGUAACUCUGAAUCCCACUCACUCAGCCACUGUCUCUUCAUUUUAAGACCUUUUAAUACAACCGUCAUUUUUAAAGAAACCCCAAA